UCUAUAAAAGACGGGAGGUUUUUGAGGUGAGAAAUAAACUUUCCAAUUUCACUUGUCCGAAAAAGUCGUCUGUCAUCGCAUACAGUGCCCUCGGGAACAGAAUCUUAGUCAACAUGCCAGCCAAUUUUAGCGGAACCUGGACCAGCAGCAAGUCAGAGGGCUGGCCGGCCCUCCUUGACAAGCUGGGGGUACCUAAGGAGAAGUUCCCGACCGAUCUGAAGGUGACCCACGCUAUCACGCAGAGCGGCAACACCAUCAACAUGAAGACCACCAACAACAAGAACAGCGACGUUAAGAGCGUCACCAUCAACGUGGGCAGCAACCAUAAGGAGCACAUCGUGGGCCACGAGAUCGAGCAGACUACGGCGUGGCAGGGCGACAAGUUGGUCAUGCGUGCCGUCAGCGGCUCGGGGGGAGUCACCUACGAGAUCACCAGCGGUCAGCUGAUUGUCACCAUUGAACACCAGGGCGUGGUGGCCAAGUCUUACUUUACCAAGUAGACAUUGUGUCACUCGAGACGACAACCAUGCUCUUUCCUAACGUACAUCGUAUGAUGUAUUACAAAAGAAGGAAUGGCUAACCGCUUAGAGUUUUGAUUUGGUUUAUCUAGUAUAACACUGUUAGCUUGACUGUGCAUUGUUUACCAUUUAGCACUACUGUCAUUCACAUUCACUUCGUAUAGUUUUACACGUUAACUUUGAUUUUCUGAUAUACUAGCGCUGUCUUUGAGCACACUGCAAAACCUUGUUUAUAAUCACCUUUCGAUGUUUACACUGAACCACUUCGUCAAAUAAAGAAUUAAGAAACUGUUGUGGCAAUUUUUGAAGUGUACGCAAAUGAACUCAAAACACGACAAGUUCUAAGAAGUACCAAAUAUUGCCAAUUACAGGGUUUCGCCUGAUGAUCUAGCUACACUUUUGGUUUCAUCGUUGUUGUUUGACUUUAGGCCCAGCCCAGGUCCCUGAUUUAAUGCCUCACUGCUCUUAAUAUUUCCGCCUUAAAGCAAAAGCCGUUCAUACUCGGGCGAUAAGGACGGACACCAACGCGAAUUUGUAAUGUCACUCUCGGCAGGUAAUAUACUCGUGGAACACAUUUCGAUUUUGCCGGGAAAAUUUCGUUUUGAAGAAUUGGAACCGGUCGUUCUUUACAUCAAACACAAUUCACUGCUUCUGCGAUCGCUUACACUACUCUUAUAAGUUGCUGACAAAACCAGCUAGUGUCAUGCCCUCUUCUGUGUGAAGAUCUGUGACACAUAAAAUGACCACCUACUGACGAGCAUCGAUGCGAUCUACUUUGACUAGACCUUGUUCUAAUUCUGUAUAAAAAUGUUCAGACUUUUUUUAGUAUUUGAUAAUCCCUUAGGCUAAGCAAGAACAAUUCCCAACUUAAGAUGACAUACAGUGGCGGAUCUAGGA